AUGAGUGCGGCGAGACAACUGCUGGCAGAAAUGAUGGGUCGGCCAAAGUUGUUAGGUAUUGUGGUGCUUCUUCCAAAAGCAGCAAGUGUUCUUGUUCGUUUGGUGAGCCCCACCAAUCUACCGUCUUCUGGUCGUGUUGAAGUGUUUUAUAAUGGUACAUGGGGAACCAUUUGUGAUGACCUUUGGGACUCACAGGACGCUGAUGUAGUUUGUCGCCAGCUUGGAUACGUUGGAGCUUUAUCAGCACCUAAAGAGGCAGCGUUUGGACAAGGAACUGGUCAGAUAUGGCUGGAUGACGUUGGAUGUUUUGGAAAUGAGAAAUCCAUAUCACAGUGCAUUCACAAAGGAUGGGGAGUCGAGAACUGUGGGCAUAGUGAAGAUGCUGGUGUGGUAUGCCAACUCAAAGUUCGUUUGGUGAGCCCCACCAAUUCGUUGUCGUCUGGUCGUGUUGAAGUGUUUUAUAAUGGUAUAUGGGGAACCGUUUGCGACGACUGGUGGGACUUACAAGACGCUGAUGUAGUUUGUCGCCAGCUUGGAUACGAUGGAGCUUUAUCAGCACCCAGAGCCACAGCGUUUGAACAAGGAACUGGUCCGAUAUGGCUGGAUGACGUUGGAUGUUUUGGAAAUGAGAAAUCUAUAUUUCAGUGCGGUCACAAAGGAUGGGGAGUUGAGAACUGUAGGCAUAAUGAAGACGCUGGUGUUGUAUGCCGACCCAAAGCUGUUCGUCUAGUGAAUUCUUAUUUAUCACAUACUGGUCGUGUUGAAGUGCUAUACAGUGGUACAUGGGGAACAAUUUGUAGCGACUAUUGGGAUUUACCGGACGCUGAAGUAGUUUGUCACCAGCUUGGAUACGAUGGAGCUUUACGAGCAGUUCGUAACGCAGCAUUUGGACAAGGAACAGGUCAGAUAUGGUUGGAUGACGUGCAAUGUGUGGGAAAUGAGAGAUCGAUAUCACACUGCAGUCACUUUGGAUGGGGAGCUCACAACUGUCGUCACUAUCAGGACGCUGGCGUAGUUUGCCGACCUGCAGUUCGUUUGGUGAGCCCCACCAAUUCGUUGUCGUCUGGUCGUGUUGAAGUGUUUUAUAAUGGUACAUGGGGAACCGUUUGCGACGACUGGUGGGACUUACAAGACGCUGAUGUAGUUUGUCGCCAGCUUGGAUACGAUGGAGCUUUAUCAGCACCCAGAGCCGCAGCGUUUGAACAAGGAACUGGUCCGAUAUGGCUGGAUGACGUUGGAUGUUUUGGAAAUGAGAAAUCUAUAUUUCAGUGCGGUCACAAAGGAUGGGGAGUUGAGAACUGUAGGCAUAAUGAAGACGCUGGUGUUGUAUGCCGACCCAAAGGUAGAGUAACGAUACGAGUACAUUUUAUUAGCAUCUUUAACAAGCAUAAAAAAUAG